CUGGGCGUGGAUAGACCGGCGGGGGUCGACGCUUUUCUUGAGGCCUCGGCUCCGGCCGAUGUGGCCCAGGGUGUUGCGCCCCUCUGCCGAUCUCACGUUGUCACGCUGCUGGAACUGUCUUCUUCGUGUUCCGGCCGCCUCAACCUGUCGGGACGGAACCUCCACUCAGCCGACCUGUCAGGUCUCAACCUGCUGGAGGUGGACCUGUCCGGGGCCGACCUGGGCCAUGCCGACCUGCGCAACGCCGACCUCUUCGGGGCCGAUCUCUCCGGCGCCGACCUUUUCCGGGCCGAUCUCAGGGGCGCCUUCCUGGUCCGGUGCAACCUGGACGGCGCUUUUCUUCUGGCCGUCCGGCUUGACGAGCAUACGGACCUGGCCGAUGUGUCCUGGGGCCGGCAUAACCAGUCGGAAUGGGAGCGCUUGGGCAUGCUGGACAACGCCCGGGCGCUGUACCGCCAGCUCUUUGUCUGGCACCGGAGCCGGGGAUACGGAGACCUGGCCGGGGUGUUCCUCUACCGGGACUGGCUCUGCCGCACCCGGCAGAUGCGGGAGGCGGUGGCCCAGGGCUGGAGCUGGCGCCGGCCCUGGCGGGUGGGCCGCCUGGGCCGCGACUGGAUUGGUGGCAGUCCCUUGGCAAAUUCCUGA